AUGGAUUAUUUAGCCUCCGAUUUUUCCAAUAAUAUUAAUAUACCUAUAGGACGGGCAGUUAUUCUACCAUCUUCUUUUCAAGGUUCUCCUAGAAACAUGCAAGAGCGUUAUCACGACGCAAUGUCUAUCGUCUUAAAAUAUGGCAAACCCGAUCUUUUUAUAACUUUUACUUGCAACCCAACAUGGCCCGAAAUAUCUGAAAAUCUUUUUAACGGUCAAACGCCUGCCGAUAGACCUGAUAUAGUUUCUAGAGUUUUUAAAAUUAAAUUAGCUGCUUUUUUAUCUGAUAUCACUAAAAAUAACAUGUUCGGGAAAACAUUGGCAUAUGUUUAUACGAUUGAAUUUCAAAAAAGAGGAUUACCUCAUGCCCAUUUGUUGUUCAUUAUAAGUUCAGAGCAUAAAAUUGAUACCGCUGAGGCUAUAGAUAAAUUUGUAUGUGCCGAGAUACCAGAUAGGACUAACAAUUCACAAUUAUUUAACAUUGUUACGCGUUUUAUGAUUCAUGGCCCCUGUGGCAUUCUUAAUCCUCGAUCACCUUGCAUGGAUAAUGGCGUAUGUACUAAAAAUUUUCCUAAAGAUUUUAUAAAUGAUACAAUAACAAAUACUAAUGAGUAUCCUCUAUAUAAAAGAAGGGAUGUAGGUUCUAUAUUAAUAUCCGGUAAACCUGUUGAUAAUCGUUUUGUUAUUCCAUACAAUACCUACUUACUGUUAAAAUACAAUGCUCAUAUCAAUGUUGAAAUAUGCACUUCUGUUAAAUCAGUAAAAUAUAUUUUAAAAUACGUAUAUAAAGGUUAUGAUUGUGCAAAUAUCGAUUUAAAUUUAGAAUCUCUCCCCCCUAAAUAUGAUGAAAUUAAAAGUCAUUUAAAGACUCGGUAUGUUAGCUCAUGUGAAGCGAUGUGGCGGUUAUUAGAGUAUCCCAUGCAUGAUCGUUCACAUGCCAUUAUUCGAUUAGCUCUCCAUAUGCCUUUUAAACAAUCUGUCUAUUUUCAACAAGGCGAUGAAAGGGAGGCUUUCAAAAGAGCUAAUUUACAUAAAACUACACUUACUGCUUGGUUUCUCUUAGAUCAAUUUAAUCCUUGCGCCAGACAAUAUCUAUACAUUGAUAUUCCUUAUCACUAUGUUUUUGUCAAUUAUAUCUGGCAAGAAAGAAAACGUGGCCAUCAAUCUAUCAUCUCUAGAAUGUUUUCUACCGAUAUUAAAUGUGGAGAACGGUUUUACCUACGCCUACUUCUUCUUCAUGUUCCUGGAGCAAAAAGCUUCGAUUUUUUGAGAACUGUUGAUGACAUUUUGCUAGAUACCUUUAAGGAGGCUGCUAUCAAAAGGCAUUUAUUUUCUGAUGAUAAAGAGUGGGAGCAUUGUCUUGAGGAGACAUCCUUAUUUCAAAUGCCUUUUCAAUUUAGGCAUACUUUUGCUUUUAUAUGCGUUUUCGGUCAACCUCGAAAUCCUGCAUUUCUUUGGGAUAAAUUCAAAUCUUACCUAAUUGAGGAUUUCUUGCGCACUAAUUCUGAGUCACUUGCCAUUAAUUUAGCUUUACACGAUAUUUCUAAUACCCUUAAUGCUCACGGGCUACAUUGCAACAAUUUUAAUCUCCCUAUCCCUGAGCCUAUUCUUCAACCAAAAUUAUAUGAUUCAGUAACGGAGACAGCUAAGGCUUUGGUAAUGUUAUCCAGUUUAAAUCCUUUACAAAAAUAUGCUUUUGAGCUAAUUAUCCAUGCAAUAGAAGAUAUUUCAUGUACCAUUAGAUAUUUUUAUCUUGAUGGUCCAGGAGGAUCAGGAAAAACUUAUCUUUACAAUACUUUAAUACAUUAUCUUAGAGGGCAAAAUAAAAUUGUAUUACCAUUUGCUACUACAGGAAUUUCAUCCAUACUACUAAUUGGUGGAAAAACAAUUCAUAGUGGUUUUAAACUUCCUAUACCUAUUUUAGACACAUCGGUUUCACGUAUGAGACCUUUAUCUACACAAGCUAAGGAACUUAAACUUGCCCAUUUAAUAAUUAUAGAUGAAUCAAGUAUGAUGACAAAACAUGCUUUACGCUGUAUAGAUGCCUUACUUAGGGAAAUUAUGCAAAUAAAUACCCCCUUCGGUGGCAAAGUUAUUUUAUUAGGAGGAGAUUUUAGGCAAACUUUACCAAUUAUACCUAGGGCUUCUAAAACACAUAUUAUCGAAUCAUGUAUUAAAUCUUCAAAUUUAUGGCAUGUUUUCCACCAAAUUCAAUUGACCCAUAAUAUGCGCUCUCUUUCUGAGGAGGAAAGUUAUAUUAAAUGGCUUCUACAAAUAGGUGAAGGGAAAACACCUCUAUUACCUUCCCCCCUUCCUUCCGACUAUAUAGAAAUUCCCCUAUCUAUGCUUGGAGAUUCUCUAAUAUCAUCCAUAUAUGGUGAUUCCCUUUUACUUAAUAAUAUUGAUUAUUUAUCUAGCCGCAUAAUUCUAACUACAAAAAACGAUAUUGCAUUAACAUUAAAUAACACUAUCAUAUCAAAACUUCCAUCCUCUUUAAGACUUUACUAUAGUUCUGAUUCAUUGGUUUCCGAUCACACAGAUGAAUCUCUCAACUAUCCACCUGAAUUUCUACAUUCCCUAACACCUUUUGGAAUGCCACCUCACAUACUAUCCUUAAAAGUUGGUACAAUUAUUAUUCUUUUUCGCAAUAUGAAUCCCACAAAAGGUUUAUGUAAUGGCACCCGGUUAAUAAUCAAAAGUAUACAUAAUUAUUUUUUGGACGCCGAAAUAAUUACAGGCACCAAUAAAGGUUACAGGGUCUUUAUUCCUCGCAUUGAUUUAACUCCGAGUGAAUCACAAUUACCUUUUAUUUUAAAACGUCGCCAAUUUCCAAUUCUUCCUGCAUUUGUUAUCACAAUAAAUAAAAGCCAGGGCCAAACCUUUGAUCAUGUAGGAUUAUAUCUUCAUGAACCCGUAUUUUCACACGGACAACUUUACGUUGCCUUAAGUCGUUGCACUUCUAAAAAAAAUAUAAAAAUUAUGAUUGUUCCCACGCUUUUGCAAGGACAUAUGCUUUCAAAUGAAAAAAUAUAUACUAAAAAUAUUGUGUAUACCUGUAUUUUAUAA